AUGCGACGACCUGAGCCGUGGCAGCGCUUGCUGUCCCACGUACGCCACACUAUCGCCACCCCAUUUAUUUUGCGAAUCGGCACCGGUCCGCCAGGCUCAGCCCCACCGCUGGCGGUUGCUACAGAUCCUCCUUCAGCUCUGCCCACAAUUGCUACAAACUACUGUGAGCUGUCGGCGUUUGAGAUGGACUAUGCCGCUCGCUGCUUAGAGUACGUUGCCUACCAACAGGAUGAUACCCAGGCGGAGGAGAGUGACUCGAUUGUGGACACCACUUCGUCGUUCUCUGUAGCACCGGUGUUUCCCACCGACGAGCGUGCUGCGACAUGGCGCCCUCUCUUUGACCUUCUUGUGCUGCCCGACGGCUCCGUUUGCGUUGGGUGGCUUCGCCACCAUGCGCUCGACGUGUGGUGGGGGCAUCAUGUGGCGGCCUACGUUGCAGACCUGUGGCAAAAGUCGCCACGCACGUUGUGGCUGCAUUGCCGAGAGAAGCUGAACCGCCUGGUGCGCCGGCAGCUGCCGAUGCGCCACCGGCACCUGUCGGUGUUUCAACCAAAUGACACAGUUUCUACAGCGGAGACUGAGAAAAGCUUGCAAGCUGCUGUUCGCGCGCUUCAUGUGGCGACAUCGAGUGCGUACCAGUUAGAGCGUGAUGUCCUGCUGCAUACUUCAAACUCGGGCAAGCCGACGCUGCUGUAUGUGCGUGCGCUGAUGCACGACAUUGAGCGACGUGAUCGGGAGCUCCCCACUGGCACCGCCAUCGCGCUGAUGCGCCUGCUUGUCUGGACGUUCGCAAUGUACUACGACAGCAUGCCUCGAGACCUGGCCGAGGCGAUCGUCACUUCCGCAGGCCAUAUCUGUGACUUGGCAAGUAACUCUGGCUGUCACCAACUCCUUACUUGGGGAGCUUUACUUGUCGGUUGCACAGACGUCCACGCAAAGGGCUCCAGUAAGCUCGUCCACGCCGACGCGGCCACUCAGGCGCUCACAUUGACACUACUAAGCUCUAUUGACAUGCCAGGGCAUGGGCGAGAGGCGGCGUUGCGGUGGCAGGCAGAGCAACACCUUCAUCCACUCUGCGAUGCUCUUGUGUCCGAAGAGGCGCUCUUGCUGGAUGCCCUUGCCGCUUUCGGCUCCGACGCAAAAAACGCAGAGGACCGCGCCGCAUUCUCCUCCCGUGGGUCUGCCGGUGACGGGCUGGUCGAUGUAGACGCCAAGAACAGCACCACUGUUCGCGGUGAUGUGGUCGCGUCGCACUUCAGCCGCGCCCUCGACCAGAAACUGGGUGAGGCCGAAGACGAAGGGGUCCUGCGGUGGGAUCCGCUUAGGGAGUCCGGGCAGCUUCCUCUCGCUUGGCUGCCCGGCACAGGCACGGACGCAAAAGGCUGCUGGUGCACCCUUCUCACUCAUUCGACGAUCUUGUUGUCACACGGCGAAGCUAGCGAUCACAACGCAUCCAGCAAUACCGCGUCUCGCUAUGCGGCUGAGGUGAAGCGGGUGCAUUGCAUGCUGCGCAUCGCGCUGGUGCGGCGGUGCCUGUUUUCGACAACCGACGCGAACAUCUCUAGCCAGUACUCCAUCGUCACCCACCUCUUCUCCUCUGCUGAGGCCCACUUGGCGCGCCUGACGCUUAUCCACCUUGCGGCCACUGACGUGCUUCGGGAGGUAAUUGACCCUGAGGCACCUCAGCGGGCGCUUAUGGGGUUCCUCUUUCUCUUUCCAUCCUUGUCACUACGCUCCGUGUAUGGCGGCACAGUAGCCUGUGCUCAGGCGUCACUGUCCGCAGGUGCGUGCACGCUGCAAUGCAGCUCGUGCAUCGACAGCUCUCAAACGUCUGCGGCGCAGGACACCUCCUUGACCGUGCGUAUUCCUGCUACAUGCGCGAAGAGUCUUGCGAGUCGGCUAGCUGGUCGAGAUAGCGCCCUGAUCUGCGUGGUGCAAAGGAUGCCGGAUGACCCUACCGCUGCUUUUCUUUUGGAGGACCUGUGCAUGCACCUUUACGCAAUACUUCCCUGCGCCUGA